UGUAACGAAGGUGUCACGCGCUGGGAAGGAGCUUGCCGUGCUUGUUACUGAGGGAGAGCACUCUGAUCUCGCAAUGACACUCGUGAAAACACUGUCAGUCUGCAGCCGGGUGGGGACGACAUUACAACCGUGCAGAUGUCGGAUCAUCUCACCCCCUCUACACAGUCAGUCACAUGUCCGGCUACAUCACUUCCUGUGUGUCCGAAAUGGAAGAGGAAGUCACCAUCAGUUACCAUGGUUACACAGAUGUUUCAGAACAAAGAGGAAAGUGGAUAGAGAAGUAGUUCCUGAGACCACAUCAACACUAGGAAGUCUGCUGAAGCCAUUCUGCCUCUCAGUUGCUGUGUGUGGGGCCAGCUUCACGGGGGCAAUGGUGUGGCAGUAUGAGACUCUCCGCUACUACGCCAGGCGCCAUCAGAAUGAGGGGAACACAAAGAACUUAGAUGCAGCACUGGCAAAGAGUUUUGGAUUUCGAGCGCAUCUGAACUCUCUCUGGAACAACUUCAGCCCGGGACAGAAGGUGGUGUCAGGUCUGGUUGCCUCCAACGUCUGUGUCUUCCUGCUGUGGAGGAUCCCAGCGCUGGCUCCCUUCCUGAUGAAAUACUUCUCCUCCGCUCCAGGCAGACCUCUACCCUCCAUGAUACUGAGUGCAUUCAGUCAUUACAGUUUCCUGCACCUUGCGGCCAACAUGUACGUGCUGUGGUCCUUUUCCUCCAUCUCCCUCAACCUGUUCGGGAAGGAGCAGCUCUCGGCAGUCUACCUCAGUGCAGCUGCAGUGUCUUCCUUUACCAGCAUGGUUCACAAGGUCAUCAGAGGUAGACCAGUUCCAUCUCUAGGGGCGUCUGGUGCGCUGAUGGCCGUGCUGGGAGCCGUGUGUCUGUCCUACCCGGACGCCAGGCUCAGCAUCGCCUUCCUCGGGGAGAUUGUCCCGCACUCAUUCUCGGCCAGUAAUGCCCUAACCGGGAUCAUCGUCCUGGACGUUGUUGGCCUUGUGUUGGGAUGGCGGAUGUUUGACCAUGCUGCACAUCUGGGAGGAAUGUUGUUUGGAUUGUGGUACACACACUACGGUAGGGAGGUGGUCUGGAGGAGACGUCAAGCUGUGAUGAAAUUCUGGCAUGAUGUGAGAGGGAAGCCUUGAUGUCCACUUCACUCGGCUGCCCAUUGUGUGAUGAAAACAGUGUGUGAUGUGUACUGUGUAGACGGUGAAACUGUAUCGGCUCGAAACAAGGAAAACUUAUGUUGUACAAUAAAGAUGUCAUUUCAAAGAU